UCGGGACAGUCGUGUUAAUGUUCGAGAUCGCUCACGUGGACGGAGUCGUCAGCCUAGCAGAAGAAGAAGUAGGAGUCGCUCAGUAUCGUUUGACAGGAAAAAUCGUUCCACUUCAAGGCAUCGUAAUUUGUUUUGCAAUUUCUGUCGUAGGAGUGGCCAUACAAGGCGUUUUUGCUACGAUUUGAAAAACAAGAGGAAGACAGUUAAGUUUGUCGAUUCUCCAGCAGCUAAACCCAAGUUGACCGAUUACCAGAAGAGUUUGAGGCGUCGAUUGAAUCGUUCCGUCUCGGAUGAUGAAGAUAUGGACUGUAUGAUGAUUUCGUCAGUCAAUAAAAUCAACGAACCGUGUUUCCGUAACGUUUACGUUGACGGCUUGCGGUUAAGAAUGGAGGUCGAUUGUGGUGCUGCAGUUUCCGUCAUCAGUUUGGAGAUGUACGAGGGAGAAUUUGACCAUAUUCCUUUGGAAACUUGCGACAAGAAAUUGGCAGUGAUUAACGGUAGUCGUUUGAAGGUGGAAGGACAAAUUACAGUCCGUGUUGAGUUUAACGGACAGAGGAAAACUGUUGAGCUAGUUGUUUUGAGGAGCGGUAGUGACUUCACUCCUUUGCUUGGACGAGAUUGGUUGGAUUUGUUUAUUCCUGACUGGAGGAGAGCGUUUGGAAACAGCAUCAAUCAACUGGUAGUUUGCCCGGACCAGAUUGUUUCUGAGUUACAGAGUUUCCGUCGGAGGUCGGGUUUAUCUGGUGCACCGCAAUCAGCUGAAGCUGUUUGGCACCCGCAAGAAUCGUUACGGUUUGAUUUUUGCGAGGGAUGAGGAGAUUAGUAGUAACCGAAAACGAGCACGUGACGAUGACGAUGAAGGCGUU